AUGGCAGAAGGAAAAGCUGUUGGUAUCGAUUUAGGAACGAAAUGCUCUUGUGUCGGUGUAUGGUUAAAUGACCGGGUUGAAAUUAUUGCAAACGACCAGGGUAAUCGAACGACACCUUCAUAUGUUGCUUUCACCGAUACAGGGCGUCUGAUCGGUGACGCCGCAAUAAACCAGAAUCCUUAUAAUACUGUUUUUGGCACUAAACGUCUUAUUGGUCGUAGAUUUACUGAUCCUAAAGUACAAUUGGAUAUGAAGCGUUGGCCAUUUAAAGUUAUUGAUAAGAAUUGUAAACCAUAUAUCCAAGUCGAAUUUAAAGGUGAAACUAAACAAUUUACGCCUGAAGAAAUUUCAGCCAUGGUUUUGGUUAAUAUGAAGGAAAUUGCCGAAGCCUUCCUUGGUACAAAAGUUACAAAUGCAGUUAUUACAGUUCCUGCAUAUUUCAAUGACUUACAACGUCAAUCUACUAAAGAUGCUGGUAUGAUUGCUGGAUUAAAUGUUCUCCGUAUCAUUAACGAGUCUACAGCCGCGGCUAUCGCUUAUGGUUUAGAUAAGAAGGCCGCCGGUGAAAGAAAUGUGUUGAUCUUUGAUUUAGGUGGUGGUACUUUUAAUGUGUCUCUUUUAACCAUGGAAGAGGGAAUUUUCGAAGUCAAAGCUACUGCAGGUGAUACACAUCUUGGUGGUGAAGACUUUGAUAAUCGUCUUCAUUACGUCGUCUACGAACGUGCAAAGCGUACUUUAUCUGCAUCAGCUCAAACUUCGAUCGAAAUUGUUUCACUUUUUGAGGACAUCGACUUUUACACUUCCUUAACUCGUGCUCGAUUUGAGGAACUAAAUCAAGAUUUGUUCCAAUCUACCAUUGAACCGGUUGAAAAAGUUCACCGAGAUGCUAAAAUUGAUAAAGCACAAGUUGAUGAAAUUGUUUUAGUUGGUGGUUCUACUCGUAUUCCUAAAAUACAAAAAAUGCUAUCAGGCUUCUUUAAUGGCAAGAGGCUCAACAAAUCCAUUAACCCUGAUGAAGCCGUCGCUUACGGUGCUGCUGUACAAGCUGCAAUCCUUUCUCGUGAUACAUCAAAAAAAACUCAAGACUUGCUAUUACUUGAUGUUGCACCACUUUCUCUCGGUAUUGAAACUUCAGGAGGUGUUAUGACACCACUUAUUAAACGAAACACCACAGUUCCCACCAGGAGAUCCGAGAUAUUCUCCACAUCCUCGGAUAAUCAACCAGGUUUACUUAUCCAUGUAUAUGAAGGUGAACAUGCUCGUACAAAGGAUAAUAACUUGCUUGGUAAAUUCGAAUUGACCGGUAUUCCACCUGCAGCUCGAGGUGUCCCUCAAAUCGAAGUUACUUUUGAUAUUGACGCAGAUGGUAUUCUUAAA